GUGUGAGAAGCAAACUGCAGGAGCUGAUUCAGGAGAAAUGAGUUUGAGGAAAAUUCUGGAAACUCUAGCCUAUAAAGCUAAGCAAUUUGAAUUACUACACAGUGAGAUAUUAAGUUUGUAAUCAAAGAAAAACAUUAUAAAGGAGGUAUAAAAGAUGUGGCUUGUUGAUUUGUAUCAAUAGUAACCUUAUCUAAUUAAAACACAAUCAUUUCUGUAGCAAGUCUCCCAAGUCAAAAAAGAUAUAAAGGGAGUCCAACACCCAGUCACAAAUUUCAAGUCAAUAUUAUAUUUGUAACCAGGAAGUCCCCAGGUCACGGGGACAAAGGGAAUGGCAGGUAUCUUUACUGUGCACAUCUCAAAGGCUCUGGUCCUCUCCACGGAUGGCAGGGACCCUCUCUCUGGGCCCAGUGUCCACAUCACAUUCAGUGUCCAGGCCUCCCUAUGCGGGGGUGACCCACAGCUAUGCUUGCUCCACAGGCUCCUGGGGGAGGUUGCUGCUACCACCUGCUGGACACUGCUGUCUCUGGGAGCUGAGGUGAUCCAAGAGAAACUUAAUCAUGAAGAAGGUGACAGAGAAGAGAGGGAGGAGAGGCCUAAUGUCCAACUGAGGCUUCAGCAAGGAUCCGAUAAAAACUCAUUUCGAAGCCUGACUUGGUUGAGCAGAAGAUUCUCCUCUUAUGAUGGUACAAGCCCACCUGAAAAUGGACUCUCAGAGCACCUCUGUGAAAUGGAACAGACAAAUGCAGAGAGGACAGAUACAAUCAGUGAUGAAAGUGAUGCACUAGAAAGGCAACAAGCAAAUGAACACGAUGCCCAAGAGUCUGAACCAGCAGAGUACUACGAACAAGCACAUGAUGAAUCAGAUAAUGGAGAUGCAAGAAAGGAGAUGCCCAACCCAGAGCCUACUGAUGAAAAAAGUGCCAAACUAUCCAACCAUGGAUACCAAAUCAAUUCCUGUUCUGUCUAUCUGGUGGAUAUAAAGAAGGAAAAGCCUUUUUUGAGCUCAGAAUUUGAAUUUCAAUCCCAGGCAUCUGACAUAAUAGUGAUCAGCAGUGAGGACUCUGCAGGGUCCGGUGAUGGAGAAAUGUCCUCAGGAGCUUCCAGGUCAGCACAGAGAACAUUGCCCGAUCUUCCAAAUACUGAAAACAAAGCUUUUUAUGAAACAAGCAACAGGAAAAGACGGACGUCCUUUAGUGACGCUUCAGAGUUGAGUGAUGAAGGUGCAUCUCAGAAACCAUACACUUCAUUCCCAGGAAAUGGGUCAGGGACGUCCUUUAGUGACGCUUCAGAGUUGAGUGAUGAAGGUGCAUCUCAGAAACCAUACACUUCAUUCCCAGGAAAUGGGUCAGAUACCUCGGAUUCGGAAAGCAAUUCUACUUUGGGAAAACACAGUGGGAAAAGAAAGAGAAAGAGAGGCAGACCUAAAACUCAGAGUAAAAGAGCCCCAAAGAAAAGAGGCAGACCAAGAGGGAAAAAAACAGCCAACACUGGGCCUCGGAAAAAAGGCGGAAAAAGAGGUCCAAGAAUUCCCAGAGUAGAAAAUAUGGAUUUUCAAAGUCCUCAACUUCCUGUGACAUGUGGUCCAGCAGAGGGGGUUUUAUAUAAGAAGAAAAUGGAACAAGGCAUCUGGCAGAAGUGUAUAAAGAGCAAGAAUGGAAAAUGGUUCACCCUCAAGGAAUUUGAAGCUGAAGGAAAGCAUGAAGCAUCCAAGAACUGGAAGAUGAGUCUGCGCUGCGGUGGAUCGCCCCUAAAAAUCCUGAUUGAGAAUGGACAUCUACCAGUCCCUCCAAGAAAAAGAAAAAAAGAAACCUCAGGUAAAUGUGCAGUGUGCGAAGGAGAGGAAGAACUGUUCUCCUGUGAUACUUGUUCAAGGUUCUUUCAUGAGAAUUGCCACGUCCAACCCAAAGAUGCUAACAGUUACCCAUGGAGUUGCAUUUUCUGCAAGAUAAAGGCUCUUCAGGAAAAGUGCCCAGAAAGCCAACCGCGUCAUCAAGAAUCUGAGGUGCUGAAAAGGCAGAUGCUCCCUGACGAGCAACUGAAAUGUGAGUUCCUCCUCUUGAAGGUCUAUUGCUGUCCAAAAAGCCCCUUUUUUGCCUCAGAACCAUAUUUUCGCUUUUGCCAACAGAGUAGAACUCGAUCUCGGGUCCUGGCAAAGCCCAUGUGGUUAGACAAAAUCAAGAAAAAGCUGACAAGGAACAUAUACUGCCAAGUGGAGUGGUUUAUACAGGACAUGCGUCUCAUCUUCCAGAACCACAGGGUGUUUUACAAGAACAAAAAUUUCAUCAAUCUUGGACUUCAACUAGAAGACAAGUUUGAGAAUUAUUUCAAAGACAUUUUUGGCAUCCAGGAAAUAAGCACCAAGAGUUCUCAAUGUGAGCCCAGGCUUUCAUAAUGUAUCCCAUUUCUAGUUCUCCUUCCAGAAACUCCAGCAGCUACAUGAUACCAUCCAGACCUAUGGCCCCACUGGCCAUACUGCUUGUCACUGUGCAAAUAACAUACCUCACUUCUUUUUUAUUUUUUUGGUUGACAUUUCUGAUCAUUUAUUUUUCUAAAU